UUUAAAAGAGUAAAACACCUGCCCACCAGUUAUGCCAACAGCUAUAACGCAUGGAUGACAUCCAGCAUCUUCACAAAAUUUCUUCUCGAAUGGGACAAGGAGCCAAAAAAUGAAAAGGUCGUCUUACUUUUAGACAAUUGUUCUGUGCAUCCUGCUGAUGAGGUCUUGCGUUUGAAAAACAUUAAAUUAGUGUUUUUGCCACCCAACACUACAGCUAUUAUUCAACCCCUUGAUCAGGGAAUCAUAAGAUCAUUCAAGUUUCAUUACAGAAAAAUGGUUGUUCAAAAUAUCAUUAGUGACAUAGACUGUGACAGCUCUUCGGAACUCUUAACUGCAAGCAAACUAUCGAAAUCCCUUACUAUUUUGGAAUCAAUGCAUUUGAUUUGUAACUCAUGGGACAUUGUUUCAACCCAAACAAUAUCAAAUUGCUUUAAAAAGUGUGGAUUAAGCACUGGCGAUGGAGCUGAUAACUGUUUCGAAGAAAUGCUCAGCAAUGAAGAAAAUGAAAUGGACAAGAAUUUUUCAUGUUACGUAGCUAUUAACGAUAACCUGCAAACCUGCGAUAACCUGCAGGAGAAAAAUCUGAUUCUGAAAUUGUCACAGACAUCAAAAAUUGCAAAGUUAUUUCCAAUCAAGAAAUGGAGGAAUCAGACUCAGAAGAUGAAAUAAACUCAUCAGUGCCAUCUUCAAUGGA